GCCGCUGCACCUUUCCUAUCCCCCGCAUCAGGGUUGCUCUCAUCGUCUGAAAGAAACCCGCCGUUUCUGAGGGGUUCAGUCUGACGUUCCGUCCAUGAGUGAGAGAUCCAAGUCUAGUGAAAUCGAGGCAGCGGAACAUCGCUUAAUUCUGCGGUUACACGAUGUCCAGGACAUGGUCUCCAGGGUCCUCCAUGAAGCCGAGCAGUCCGGACUUCUUUCAGACUCUCAGCGAGAUGGGAUUUUCCCUACUUACCAUCCUCCUUUCCGAUGUUCUGACAUACGGCAUAGAGGAGACAAAGGAAGAGAAACACGAUACGUCGUUACCGCUGAGUUCUGCCGCAUACAAGAUUUGGCCGAACCCAGUUUGCAUACUUUCCAGACCAAACCAUCGCCGAUUGUCAAAAAGGAAAGAUUAGCAAGCUCUAGCGACACUGACGGUACGGCUCUACGUCACGUCCGAACGCCCUCCUACCCCCAAAAAGAAAUGCCGUCAAACCAGCUCGGCGCCGGACAAGGCCCGCAACCUGCCGAAAAACAACCCGUCGAGAGUUCAGAAUGGCGGUCUUCGGACGACAAAACCCCACAGGAAGUUACCUGCUUCUUAACGGGAGGAGAAGGCGACGAGGAUGAGGACGGGGAUGCGGAUGCGGAAGCAACUGCCGAUCGACGCCUCGCGCCAGAAACAUCCCAACUGGAGAAACGUGAACCCUUCGACCCGGUCUUGUGGUCGUCUAGGAAGAAGUGGACGCAUGUCUUGGUGGUAGCGUUCAUCACCUGCGUCACACCCCUAGCUUCUGCAGUCUAUACCCCCGCGUUGGACCAGGUGAUUGGCGACUUCAAGAUUGAAGACAACCCCACGCUAGCGGACCUGACAGUCUCGGCCUACGUCCUCGGCUUCUCCGCCGGACCGCUGCUCCUCGCGCCGCUGAGCGAGACGUUUGGCAAGAAGCCCGUAUAUCAGGUCUGCAAUGUGGUCCUGCUCGUGUGUAAUUUGGCUUGCAUGGCUGCGCCGUCGGCCGAGUGGCUCAUUGUCUUUCGUUUUUUGGCUGGGUGCGCCGGCGCGAGCCCGAUUACGCAGGGUACCGGGACGGCGACGGAUGUCAUGACCAAGGAGAAGCGUGCGCGCGCCAUGUCGGUUAUGGCGUUUGGGAGUGUUUGUAGUCCUGCGGUUGGGUCAGCCCUCGGGGGCGCGAUUGCCCAGGCUUGGGGAUGGAGAGGGUGCUUUGGCUUCCUUGCUGUGAUGGGCUUGAUCAGCACUCUUCUGACCUAUCAGUUCAUGUGCGAGACAUAUCUCCCGGUACUUCGGCGAAAGCACGCUGUGUUGGUUGGUAUUGAUGACCUCGAGAUGGAACUGAGCGAUGAGAAAGCCGUGGCUCCAAAACAAUCUCUCAGAAAGCUGCUCAGCAAGGCUGCGAUCCGCCCAUUCUCUCUCAUCUUCCAGCCGAGCAUCCUGCCGGCCAUCUUGGUAACAUCGUUCUUCUACGGUCUCCAAGUGUGGCUGUACAUCGACGUUCCGAUGACAUACAAGGCAGUGUACUACUUCAACACCGCAGAAGCAGGCCUAGCAUUCGCGGGCAUGGGCGUUGGCAUGUUCACCGGCCUUCUCAUCUUUGGGUUCCUCACCGACGUCGUCGUGAAGAGGCUGGCGCAUAACGGAGAAAGGCUGCCCGAGCACCGGCUCCCACUUCUCAACCUAGCAGCCAUCCUUGUUGUGGUCGGUCUGAUCAUCUACAACUUGGCUGCGAGGCCCGGGGUAUCCUACCUGGUGCCCCUGCUUGGAAACUACCUUAUUGGCAGUGGAUUGUUUGCCAUCACUGUGAGUUCCCAUAUCUUACUCCCAGUACUCUCCGUAGAGAGUCAGAUAUUGGACCGGAGACCGAGCAUCGGGGGCACGGAAACCGAGGCCACAUGCGAGGAGACCCAAACGACGACUGACUUGAGACUCGUUGUAGAUGACUUCGGCUGUGUACAUCAUCGACCUGUCACCGCAGCACGCUGUUGCGUCGAGCGCGUCGCUUGCACUUUUACGAUACCCCUCUGGAGCGUUGUUUCCCCUUUUAGAGCAUGCUUUUGAAUCUCUCACCAGCAACAGUAGCGCCAAGUGGCUCAUCACGGCGGCAUCUAUCUCUACCAUCCCACUUGUGGUUUGGCUCCAGUACAACUGCGAGCGCUUCCGUGCGAGACUCCGGGAUUCGUUGUGAGAAGCGGUGUAUCACUGAUACUUGUUGAGUCUGUACCAUUUGACAAAUGAUACCCUUGCCCAAGUUUUUCGUGUUUAGAAGUCUGGAUAGACAGAUGUUUUGUUUGAUAGAAGAUUCUUGUAAAAGAUAGACGUGCAUUUAGACUUGGUUAGACUUUGAGAUUCGAAACAUACUUUAUGGAUGUUGGAAAUACAGGAAGGUAGAUAAGAAAGCAAAUGCGCAGAAAUGAACAAAUCGCAUUCCACUUUCACGGACCAAAGAUCAACGAUGAAGGGAUGUUGAGAGUCAGGUCAGGUAGUUGGAAGGUUACUU